AUGGCGGGCGGCGGGGCGCUGAGGGCGCUGCCCGCGCUGCUGCUGCUGGCGGCGGGCGCGCUGGGCAAGCCCAUGGCGCGGCAGGAGCGGGCCCGGCCCGGAGCCGCGCAGCACGAGGACCGGCCCGGCUUCCAGUACGACCACGAGGCCUUCCUGGGCAAGGAGGAGGCGCGGAGCUUCGACCAGCUCAGCCCGGAGGAGAGCCGUGAGCGCCUGGGAAAGAUUGUGGAUAGAAUAGAUGACAACAAAGAUGGCUAUAUCACAACAGAAGAAUUAAAAACCUGGAUUAAACGAGUACAGAAACGCUACAUCUAUGAAAAUGUGGCUAAAGUUUGGAAAGACUACGAUCUAAACAAGGAUGAUAAAAUUGCCUGGGAAGAAUACAAACAAGCCACAUACGGUUAUUAUCUAGAAAAUCCAGAAGAAUUCCAGGAUGCAACUGAUCAGCACAGUUUUAAGAAAAUGCUGCCCAGAGAUGAAAGACGAUUCAAAACCGCAGAUCUUGAUGGAGACCUGGCUGCCACUCGUGAAGAAUUCACUGCUUUCCUUCACCCAGAGGAGUUUGAGCACAUGAAAAACAUUGUAGUCUUAGAAACCUUAGAAGACAUAGACAAAAAUGAGGAUGGUUUUGUGGAUCAAGAUGAGUACAUUGCUGAUAUGUUUGCAAAUGAAGAGGGCGGACCGGAGCCUGACUGGGUGAUUACAGAGCGUGAGCAGUUUUCAGAUUUUCGUGAUCUCAACAAGGAUGGAAAGAUGGACAAAGAUGAAAUCCAGCACUGGAUCCUCCCCCAAGACUAUGAUCAUGCACUAGCUGAAGCCAGGCACUUAGUCUACGAAUCUGAUGCAGACAAGGAUCAAAAACUAACAAAAGAGGAAGUUCUAGACAACUGGAAUAUGUUUGUUGGAAGUCAAGCUACUAAUUAUGGGGAGGACCUCACCAGAAACCAUGAUGAACUAUGA